AUGGCGAGUGGCAGCGAUUCUCCAUCAUCUCAACGAAGCUUAACAAUGGAGGCAUUCUCUGAUGAGGACGAAGAAGACAAACAACCUCCCCAAGACAAACAUUGCGUGUCAUAUCUGGAGGAAACUAAAGCGCCUAGCAAAACAUUUCUGCCUCAGAAAUUUCGCAAAAAAUGGAGUCGUGCAGCUUUUAUGGCUUCCAUUGCUUCAUUAUUCGUCACUGUUAUAUUCAGUGUACUCUCGUUCGUGGCUUCCAAAAGCACUGAAAGUUCAUCCAUUUUUGCCAGCGCAUUAGAUGGGAUUAUGGGGGCUUUCAACUCUCUGGCCGUGGCAUGGAGAUUUCGAGAUGCGUCCAAUGGUGAAGUUGCACCAAAGCGAGAGAAAAUCGCCGCAUUUGGAAUCGCAGUAACUUUCAUGUUGAGUGGAAGCGCAACCACUUCAAUUGCUAUUCUACAUCUUAUGGCAAAAGACUACCCUGAGAAACCCGCCGAACUUAUUGCUAUUCUAGCUUCCAGUUUCACAUGUUAUUUCUUUCUUGCUCUCGUUCAGGACUGCAUCGCCAAGAAACUCGAGAGUAUCUCAUUAAAAGCAUUCGCUAUCGAUUCAUGGCUUGCGGCAGGCAUGUCACUGGGAGUGCUGGUUUCUACGUUCAUCUACAGGCAAGUCGGAAAAAGCGUUUGGAUGUUGGAUCAUUCAGUGGCGGUAUUUAUUGGUUUUAUAUCCGUCAUAUAUGGCAUCCAUCUAAUAGUCCAAAUAGCAUUUUGCACGAAACACCCAAAACUUUGUUGA